UCGCGCGAUUUCCAAACGUCGGAAAAGUUGAUGCUACAAAAGUGCUAGCUUUUAAUACCAAGAUGGUGCAAGAGUUUCACGUACUGAGGUGUUUUUCCUGCCAAACAUUUCAAGUACAACAGGUCAAAAAGAUCAAAAAAUGGACAUGCAAGAUGUGCGGGGAAAAACAGUCACUUAUAAAAGAAUACGGCAGAGGUACAGGUGCGGAGUGUAGGAGGCACGUACAGAAGCUGAAUUCAUUGCGUGGAGAGCUGCUAGAGGGAGAAAAUGAAAGAACCUGCACUCAGUGGGAGAAAAAGGAGGAGUGUGAAGUUCAAGUCGGCCCUGAAGACGAGACUCAAAUUUUCGAGCAAAAGGCACAGACACAGGUUGUAAGCCGCUGGAGUAAAUAUGUGCAGCAGAAAGAGAAUGGUCCAGGAAGUGAGGAGGAUGAGCAUGAGGAGGAAGUGAGAGCUAACACAGACACAGCUCAGGGCCGUCAGCAUAAAAACCUCAGGAGAAAAAGGAAGAAAAGCUUUAUUUCAGGGGCCACUUGUGGACGGUACACUGUUGAUGAAGACGACGACAAGGACACUGCUCAGUAUGCUGCGGCAAAACUGCCCUCUCAGACUCGUCGUAAUGAUGGAGCUUUCAAAUCAUUGCUUCAAGUACCAUGCUCUUCAGCAGGAUUCCCACAUGCCAGUACAAGCCAGAGAACUGAUAGUCUUUGUGCUUUUCCAGCUGCAUCACUGGGUUCAAAAGACAUUAGUGCAUAUAAUGAUAUACAUUCCCAGUUCACUGGUGCAAAUAAGCAGUCCUCUGCUGUGUUAAACACCAAGCCUCAGCAUUCAGUUCCCUUAAAUUGUUCCAUUCCAUCAUUCACUCAUCAACAGCCAAGUGAAACUAUGGACUCCAAGUGGACCCGAUUUCUUCCAUCUGUCUGUGUUGAAGAAGACAAGGAUGAGGGAGACCUUGGUGAUCAUGCUGAGUAUUUGGAUGGAAAUCAUGCAGCAUUGGCUCUGAGCCCAGUGAUGCCUGUAGCCACAGUUCCACUUAAAAACACAGGCUGUAUGAGCAGUGGAGGAGGUGAAGGAGCUCUAUUGGAUAAGGUGUUUGGUGUAGAAAAAGUGACUGGUUUUGAGACACUGACUCACUGUAUGAAGGGAAAUCCUAACUCUAAAAGUCCUACCAUCACAUCAAGGCCUGUUGGCUCUCAAAAGCCUGUGUGUGUUCAGCCAGUACCUAUUAAAAGACCAUGUCCUGCCUUCUCUUUCAGCACAUUAUUUCAUACAGAUGAGGACUUUGAUGACACAUAUUAAUGUUACUAUUUGUCAUUGAACUAAAGAAAACAUACCUAGAAAUGGACAAAAAUAACAUUGUGACUAGCCUUAAAAUAUUUUAAUAAAAUAACCGGAUAUACGUUAACGUUUUAGACAAAUUCAGACACAUCCUGAGAGUUUAGCU